AUGUCAGAUCUCAGCAUGCAAGUCAGCACUAGCCAUGCGCAGCCCGGUCCGUAUGCAUCAGCGCACGACAACGACAACGCUGCCCAAUCAUACAUCAAGAACGAAAUCGAUGGCGACGACGACGACGACGACGACGACGGCAUGUUCGCGGAUGUGGAAAGCGAGGACUAUGACCCGAAUGUUUACAAGCCCCGGCCGGAACUGCCGUCGUCAAUUGUCCAUUUGCAGAGUUUGAGGAAACUUAUUGUGGAAUUAGAUAACGGUAGGAUUAAUGUCGACCCGGAGUAUCAACGUGAGGUUGUCUGGACAGCCGAGCGUAUGACUGGAUUAAUAGAUUCUUUAAUGGAAAAUUACUACAUUCCCCCAAUUAUCCUGAACAGCCAGUCAAAUACUGCGAGUGGCAAUGGAAAGGAUACUCUUGUUUGUGUCGAUGGAAAGCAGCGAUUGUCCUCCGUACGGGCAUUCGUCAAAGGAAUGAUUCCCUGCCAUGACUGCAGAGGAGAAAAAUGGUGGUUUUGCGACUCACCGGGCGCCAGGCGCAAAAAAGUGCUUGACGAAAAGGCCAAGCGAAUCUUUCUAGAAAAAGAAUUCAUCAUCUUCCAAUUCAAAGACCUUUCCUUGGAGCAAGAGGAGGAUCUGUUUGCUCGCGUUCAGAUGGGCUUGCAGCUAAGUGCGGCAGAGAAGAUGCGAGCGAAGAGCGGUCCCUGGCAAGAACUCACAAAGCUAUUUGUGCAAGACUUCGAUCUCGUUUACUCUUUACUGAAGGAUCGUCAACGAGCGAAAGAUUUUCAGUUGACUCUGGCUUGCUUCAGCCAGAUUUUGGAAGUCCAGCACCCAAGUACUGCAAACGGGAUACCCGCCUUUAGGGCAAACCACAGUCUUAUCACUAAACUACUGAACGACUCGCAUGCGAUUGACGACGCGACUAAAUCCCACCUUGCGGACGUUUGGAAAAUCCUCCAAGAUCUUAUACAACUAGACCCCAACACUUUUACAAACGCCGACAGAUACCUCAGUGGCGUGCAAACGUUUGCACCCAUGGAAAUGGUAGCCGUCACCACUCUUAUUUCUGAAUACUCCAAAACAAGAAAUAACGAGUUGUUGCUGGGGGACAUCAGAGCUAUGCGAGUAGCGUUGCGAGAACACUUCAAAGAGAUGCGCAUCAAUGCAACGAUGUGGAAGUUCAUUUGGGAUUUCAUAGCCGACCUCGAGGCAAUCCGCGGGGCUGUGGAUGGCUCUACAGUGAACCGGAAUACGCAACAGUCAGUGAAACCUACGGCAACAGCAAUGCUACCACGUCAACCAGUGGUAACGCAGCAGACUGUCCAAAGAAAACGACCACUGCCGAAGAGCAAACAGAUACCCGUAUUACCACCAGUCAUAAAGACGGAUUGCGAGCCUCAACUACCGACACCACCUCUACCAUCACGGAAACGACAACGGACUGACCAUGUGCAAGCGGAUGAUUUGCCAGUCUCCGAUGCCCAAAGGACAGACAGUGCUACCAGUCCAUACUCUUCGAACCUUUCGAACGAGUUUCAGGGAUCUGUUUAUAGCGCUGCGGCUUCAUCGUCGCCUCGUGCGUUUACUCAUACAUUCCCACAGUGUGCAGUUCAGCAGCAGUCACCCGUCAAUUUUAACCCGGCCUCGCCUUUGAUACCGAACCCAGCCACAUUACCACAGAGUGCAGGGGUAUCAGGGCAAGGUCAAUCAAGAGGUUCUACAUACACAACAUCGAUAAUGUCGACAAGUGUACACGUUCCUGCAGGUACGGCAAGACGGCGAAGCCCUUAUCAAAGCCCUUAUGCUCCUUAUACACCUGAGACUACACCUCGCUUGACACCUCCGUGCGUUCAGCCGGCCCAGGCUCCCGAGCCCAACACUUACCGAGCCCCGACGGCGCCAAUGCAAACCUCAACACGAGUUGUAUCCGCGCCUGGAUGCAUUUCGUCAGCGAAUGGCGAAGCAACGACGGCGAAUGAACCACCACGUGCAAAUACAUCUCGCCCACAAUCUCGCCCGAGUAGCAAGGUUCCAGUAAAGUUACAAGGAUUUGGCGCAUUUGCACCACAACAUACAGAGGAGUGGAACGGCGUCAUCGCAUCCGUGUCUCCAAAGAUAGCAUCGCGAGUGCUUCCUCCAAAGCCAGCAGUGGCUCCAUCGAUGGCAUCGCACUCGCUCUCGCUUCCUCAGAAGCCACCGGUCGCGUCAUCGGGGGCGUCACCAACAGCUGCGCGGAAACUUCCUCAGAGACCAUCGGCGGCUCCAUCUGUGACUUCUGUGGCAUCACCAGUAGCUCCGUCAGCAGUAACAGAUCCGGCAACCACAUCUCCAACACCAAUACGAUCCAAGCCCAGGAAGCGGAAGAGCAAUACGCUUCCAGUCACCAAAUCACCUGCACAGUUAAACGGCAUUAUUGAUCUCACUAGUGACGGCGAGCAGCAAGAAGAGCAACGACAAAUUCUCCUUCAAGCUUUCAAGAACAAACCCGCAGCGGUCAAACAGCCCGCUGCUCCGCGGAUAAAACCUAACCCUAAUAUCGUAGGCUAUCCUGACUCGGAUGAGGAGUCUGAACCUACAAACAACCCAUAUGCUAGGUUUAAACAGAAUCCGAGAGCUGGUGUUGGGGGUAGGGGUGCUAGAUGA